AAGAAUGAUUCCAAUGACUCCAUCGUGAUGGAAAUAAUAUUCACAUCUUCUUUCACUUUCUAAAACACCAAAGCAAUCUCUUCUCAAAGCAUACAAAUUCUUUUCCUUUCCCUCCUUAACCAAAUAUUCCUUCUCCAACUCAAGCACAAUUACACCUUCAUAGCUAACUGAACCUCAAAGUUAUUUUACAUGCCAUACACAAAGUAGCCAUGUAUAUAAACUUAGACACAUCUCAUUUGACCACCAAUUAACACCCAUCUCAAUUUCAAAACCUUGACUCAUUUUCUCUUUUGCUUUGUUUAAAUGGCUUCUGCACCAGCCUUAAAACGCACAGAUUCUGUCAUAGAUAAUAUGCCUGAUGCAUUGAGGCAGAGUCGGUACCACAUGAAGAGGUGUUUUGCCAAGUACCUCGAAAAGGGUAGGAGGAUUAUGAAACAUCACCAUUUGAUGGAAGAAAUGGAACUAGUAAUAGAUGACAAAAGUGAAAGAAAUCAAGUUUUGGAGGGUAUUCUUGGCUUCAUAUUGAGCUCUACGCAGGAAGCUGUUGCUGAUCCACCGUAUGUUGCCUUUGCAAUAAGGCCUAAUCCAGGAGUUUGGGAAUUUGUAAAAGUGAGCUCUGAGGACCUUUCUGUUGAGGCUAUCACCCCCACUGACUUCCUCAAAUUCAAGGAAAGGGUAACUGAUGAAAAAUGGGCAACCGAUGAGAAUUCAUUUGAAGCAGACUUUGGAGCAUUCGAUUUCCAAAUUCCUCAACUAACCCUCUCAUCUUCAAUUGGAAAUGGACUCCAAUUUACUUCUAAGUUUUUGACUUCCAAGAUAACUGGGAAAUUGGAGAAAACACAGGCUAUAGUGGACUACUUGUUAACACUAAAUCAUCAGGGAGAAAAGUUGAUGAUAAAUGAGAGCCUGAACUCUGCUGCAAAGCUACAGAUGGCACUGGUAGUGGCUGAUGCAUUCCUCUCAGAACUUCCCAAAGACACUGCAUAUCAGAAUUUUGAGCUAAGGUUCAAGGAGUGGGGGUUCGAGAGAGGAUGGGGAGAUACUGCAGAAAGAGUGAAGGAGACAAUGAGAACUCUAUCAGAAGUACUUCAAGCACCUGACCCACUCAACUUGGAGAAAUUUUUAAGUAGAUUACCAAUAAUAUUCAAUGUAGCCAUCUUCUCAGUUCAUGGUUAUUUUGGACAAGCAGAUGUUCUUGGCUUGCCGGACACAGGUGGCCAGAUAGUUUACAUAUUGGACCAAGUCAAGUCUCUGGAAGCAGAAUUGCUUCUGAGAAUCAAGCAACAAGGGCUAAAUGUGAAACCUCAAAUUCUUGUGAUAACAAGGCUCAUACCUGAUGCUCGGGGAACCAAGUGUCACCAGGAGUUGGAACCAAUAAAUGAUACUAAACACUCCCACAUUUUACGUGUGCCUUUUCAGACAGAUAAAGGAAUACUUCAUCAGUGGGUUUCUCGCUUUGAUAUUUACCCCUAUCUUGAGAGGUUUACUCAGGAUGCAACAACCAAGAUUCUUGAGUUCAUGGAAGGGAAACCAGAUCUUGUUAUUGGAAAUUACACAGAUGGAAAUUUGGUAGCAUCACUAAUGGCUAGAAAACUUGGGAUAACUCAGGGAAUUAUAGCACAUGCUUUAGAGAAGACCAAGUAUGAAGACUCAGAUGUCAAGUGGAAAGAGUUGGAUCCCAAAUAUCACUUCUCAUGUCAAUUCAUGGCUGAUACAGUGGCAAUGAAUGCAACUGAUUUCAUCAUAACCAGUACAUACCAGGAAAUUGCUGGAAGCAAAGAUAGACCUGGACAAUAUGAAAGCCAUGCCGCAUUCACACUCCCAGGGCUGUGUAGAGUUGUUUCAGGGAUAAACGUGUUUGAUCCUAAGUUCAAUAUAGCCGCGCCAGGAGCAGACCAAUCUGUCUAUUUCCCUUACACAGAGAAAGAAAGGCUCACUCAAUUUCAGCCAGCCAUUGAGGAUCUUCUUUUUAGUAAAGUGGAUAACAAUGAGCAUAUUGGAUACCUGGCAGAUAGGAGGAAGCCAAUUAUCUUCUCAAUGGCUAGGCUUGAUGUUGUAAAGAACUUAAGCGGUUUAGUUGAAUGGUUUGGCAAGAACAAGAGAUUGAGAAAUUUGGUGAACCUUGUCAUAGUAGGGGGCUUCUUUGACCCUUCAAAAUCAAAAGACAGGGAGGAAAUGGAAGAAAUAAAAAAGAUGCAUGACUUAAUUGAUAAGUACCAACUGAAGGGUCAGUUUAGAUGGAUUGCUGCACAGACUAAUAGGUACCGCAACGGAGAGCUCUACCGUUGCAUUGCUGACACAAGAGGAGCAUUUGUGCAGCCUGCUUUGUAUGAAGCAUUUGGAUUAACUGUCAUUGAAGCAAUGAACUGUGGAUUGCCCACUUUUGCUACCAACCAAGGAGGUCCAGCAGAAAUUAUUGUUGAUGGGGUCUCUGGCUUCCACAUUGAUCCCCUCAAUGGCGAUGAAUCAAGCAAAAAAAUUUCUGAUUUCUUUGAAAAAUGCAAAAUGGACCCCUCACAAUGGAAUGUGAUUUCUGCAGCCGGAUUGCAGCGCAUAAAUGAAUGCUAUACCUGGAAAAUUUACGCAAACAAGAUGGUAAACAUGGGGAACAUUUACACCUUUUGGAGACAAGUGAAUAAGGAGCAAAAAGAGGCAAAGCAGAGAUACAUUCAGAUGUUCUAUAAUCUUAUAUUCAAGAAUUUGGUUAAGACUGUACCUGUUCCAAGUGAUGAACCUCAACAAGCAGUGACCAAACAGCCGAGUCUUAAAUCUCAGAGCACAAGACGUUCACAGUCCAGACUGCAAAGGUUAUUCGGAAAUUAAUAUCUCAACCACAAAGCACAUGUUAUGACUCUGGAUGUAAUGGAUCUUUUCUCUUAUGUGUACACCUUAUAUUUUAUUUUUUAUUUUUUUGCUAUUCAUCAAAAGAAGAAGUUCUGCUAUUGUUGAACUACUACAAUUAUUUUAUGUGAUCAAUAAAAUGGCUUAUGCGAGGAAAUUCAAAACGAA